UUCGAUUUUUGCAUCGUUUUUCAGUCCUUCGCUGUCAGAACUCCGGUCCGAACCGAGAAAAUCCUAUCCGCUCCAGUCGAGGUUUAAGCUAUUUUUGUGAGAAAAAUACUGUGCAAGCAAUGGCAGCACGUUUCGUUAAGAAAAUUUUCGGUGGAGAUGCUGGAAAUUUGCUCGACAGUUUAGUGCAAAAAGUGAAGGACAAUUGGGUCAAAAUUUACAUAACCUCGCCUUCUACCCAAGAAAACCCAAAUAAAUCCGAGCCAAUUGUCCAAGCUUCCACUCCUUUCGGCUCACGUGGCUAUGCUUCCGGUGCGAGGAAGGUCACGUUGAUUCCUGGCGAUGGAAUUGGACCGGAAAUAUCUGCAGCAGUUCAGAAGAUUUUCUCCGCCGCCAAUGUUCCGAUUGAAUGGGAGGCCGUCGAUGUCACUCCCGUGAGGAAUCCAGACGGAAAGUUCGGUAUUCCACAAAGUGCCAUCGAUUCGGUUAAUCGCAACAAGGUUGGCCUGAAAGGACCACUGAUGACUCCGGUUGGAAAGGGUCAUCGCUCACUCAAUUUGGCUCUCAGGAAGGAGUUCAAUCUCUACGCCAACGUACGACCCUGCAGAAGCUUGGAGGGUUAUAGAACGCUGUACGACAACGUCGAUGUGGUUACCAUCCGUGAGAACACUGAAGGCGAAUACUCCGGCAUCGAGCACGAGAUCGUCGACGGUGUCGUUCAGAGCAUCAAGCUUAUCACCGAGGAGGCCUCCAACAGAGUGGCCGAGUACGCCUUCAAAUAUGCCAAAGACAACAACCGCAAGAAGGUCACCGUCGUGCACAAGGCGAACAUCAUGCGUAUGUCGGACGGUUUGUUCCUCCGUUGCUGCCGUGAUAUGGCCAAGAAGUACCCGGAAAUCAAGUUCGAAGAGAAGUACCUGGACACCGUUUGCUUGAACAUGGUUCAAGAUCCGAGCAAGUUUGAUGUUCUGGUUAUGCCAAAUCUGUACGGUGACAUCAUGUCGGAUAUGUGCGCCGGUUUGGUCGGUGGUCUGGGUCUGACCCCAUCCGGAAACAUGGGUCUGAAUGGUGCUCUGUUCGAGUCGGUCCAUGGUACCGCGCCCGACAUCGCCGGAAAGGAUCUGGCCAACCCCACUGCCCUUCUCUUGUCGGCUGUGAUGAUGCUGAGGCAUAUGGAACUGACUCAGCAUGCCGACAAAAUCCAAAACGCGUGCUUCGAAACCAUCCGUGAGGCCAAAUUCCUGACUGGUGAUCUGGGCGGCAAAGCCAAGUGCUCAGAAUAUACCAACGCCAUCUGUGAGAAGAUUCACUAAGCGCGAUAUCCGUUGCAUGCUACAGUCAAAUUUUACCCCCACACCCGUUUAAUAUUCACAAUCCAGUAUAGAGUUUCAUUUAAAAUAGAACUAUUUAUUACAAAAGUAGAAGUUGUCUUCUCAAACUUGGCAAGCACAUCAUGAUUUGAAUCUACGUAGGUAGCAGCGCAAUUUCGUUUCCGAGAAUCCCUACUUUUAUUUAGAACGUCACGCAGUAUUACCAACCAAACCAGAUUUGAGAGUCCAGAAAAAAAUCCACCAUCUGUGAGUAACAGCAAUACGAUGAAUAAGAUGAAGAGCUGUUUUGUGCUUGCUAUUGUCAGACAAUAAAACAAUGAUGUAACAAAAAAUGAGUGUACGCUACGGGAAAAUUUAGAUGGACGUUCCGUUGAAUACAAAACUACUACCCGCGAAUAUUUUUUGUAAAAAGCAAUUGAUUGUGCUAUACGGAAACCUAAUUUAUUACAAUUAUUAAGGACAAAUGUUACUUAAUCGAAUAAAUCAAAUCCAUACGA